AUGAGCGAGGCCGAGUUUGGGAGCGUAGGCCGAGGCACAAGUCUCCAGAAGGGCGAGGGUGCCACUCAAAGGUCUCAAGGUCCUCGGCAACCCCAGAUGCCAUGUGGUGAGACCUGGCCUGGAGAGACCCGAAUCAACAUGUCCGGGCGCAGGACAGCUGUCUUACUCCGGGCGGAGGUCAUUGGGCACCCGUACCCGAAAGGGCCGAACAAGUCCGGGUCCCACCUGCCACCUUACAAGAAGACCGCCCGCCUGGAGCCGCAGUGCCGCACCAGCGACAGGUGGAAGCCGCAGAAACAGGUGCCGAAGUUCUGCCAGCUUUCCCUCCAGCCUCAGGUGCCUCCAGUUCCUGUUGGGCGGAUGGCGAAGGGUGAAUUCCGAGAAACUUGCCCCAAGCUGAGCACGUUGCGCCAACCAAGUGCCCGAGAUCUUGCUAACGUGUAG